CUGUGUGUAUUUAUUGAAUUAGCUUGAAAACGAUGAUGAAGUCUAAGUGAAGAUAAUUUCCUCAAUUGUAAUUAUUAAAGAACAACAAUGUCUUUAGUUCCGUAUUUAAGAGAUUUUGUCAACGAGAGACUAACUGCUGCUGCUGAAGAAAUAUUAGGAGUUUUUGAAAGAACAAUCGUCGAGUAUGAAGAAGAGAUCCAGCGUCAGCGAAGACUGCUGGAUAUCGUUUUGAAACCUGAAUUGAAGUUACACAGGAUAGAGAUCCCACUACAACAUGUCUUUAAGGAGGAGGAGGAUCUCACUCACCAGCAGGUCUGUGUUCAGGAGAGGAACUCCAGUCUGGACCAAGAGGAUGAAUGGUUCACCAGUGAGGAGGGAGAGCAACUUGUACUGAAGCAGGAGACUGAUGCCUUUAUGUUGACUCCUACGUACGAGGAAAGCGACCACAGUGAUCAUCAGACUCUGAACUUUAGUAUCGAUGACAGUCAGAGUGCGGUGGAUGAAGAGCCUUCAAGCAUCAUCUCAGUUAAAAGCUCUGUGGUAUCAGAACCAAAUGAUGACCAGCAGCUCCUCUCUCACAACUCUCAUGAAGCUGAGAGCCGAGAUCAGGACGGAGGCAAGAAUGGAGACUCAGGAUCAACUAAUGCAGAGCCAGAACAACAGAAACAACAUCACAAAAGCAACUGUUACAUAAACAAUGUAUUUAAUCCCACUAUGUCAACAACUCAAUGUAACACUCAGACAUUCAAAUGUGAUAUGUGUGGGAAAGCUUUUAAGUGUAAGACAUAUUUGCAGAGACACAUGAUAGUACACAAAUGUACAAAGCCGCAUACUUGUAAAAUAUGUGGGAAAAGUUUCCAAUUCAACAGUUACUUAAAAGUCCACAUGAGAGUUCAUACGGGUGAGAGACCAUAUACUUGCAAAACAUGUGGAAAAGGUUUCAGAUGUAGCAGUGACAUGAAAUGUCACAUGAGAACCCACACAGGUGAGAAACCAUAUACUUGCACAACAUGUGGGAAAGAUUUCAGAAGUAGCGGUGAGAUGAGAAGCCACAUGAGAACCCACACAGGUGAGAGACCAUAUAUUUGCAAAACAUGUGGAAAAGGUUUCAGAUGUAACAGUGACAUGAGAGGCCACAUUAGAACCCACACAGGUGAGAAACCAUAUACUUGCACAACAUGUGGGAAAGAUUUCAGAAGUAGCAGUAACUUGAAAGGCCAUAUGAAGAGGCACACAGGUAAAAAGCUGUAUCACUGCCGCAAAAACGUUCCAGUUGUAACCACACAUUUUUUUUAAUAAAAGCACGCACAUCCAGGUGCUUUAAUACUCUGUACUAAGGUUAAAAGUUGUAUCAAUUAACUUUUAUCUACGUAUAUCUCAGUAUAUUUGAGCAGCAUUCUGCAGAAAUAUUACAGAGAUCUAUGUCUUAUUAGUCUUUUUUUUUUUUACAGUGAGUGCACAGAAGUGGCUGUUAAACUAAGUGUGAUGUGGCUGACCGAUUGUUGUGUGUGCAUUUGUCAAAUGUCAAUUUUUAAAAAUACCAGCAUCCUGUUUUUUUUGUAAGUAGUUCUAGUGUGCAUUGUUUAAAAGACUGACAGCCUGAUCUAGAUAGUUUGAUGGAAGGGAAACGAGAUUGAAAACUGAAAAUAGUAUCACUUUUGUAAUUGAAUAAUUGUUCACAUGUUACAUUUUUCACAAUCUUUUAAUCUGAAAGCUAUCGUUACAAUAGCAAUGGUGCAUUCACAGGCAGACGGUAGACAGCAGACGGACCACACUUUAGACGACACGCAAGACACAUGACAAUACGU